AUGACCUACACAUCAGAAAAGCCAGAGGACCCUGAACGCGGGCUAUUGAUCAAGUCACCGGUGAAUUAUGAAACAGAUGAGAAGAUCGAAUACGCCAGUGAUCAUGAAUCCGAGGCAUCUACAGAGAGAUUGAUCCCAGGGCCUAGCUUCUUUAUCUGGACUGGGAUCAACAUCCUCUCAACCGUUGCCAUCGUCUUCACCAACAAAUCCAUCCUCUCAGACCCCUCAUUCCGCAACUGCCAAGUAUCAUUCGCAGCAUAUCACUUCUUUGUCACAGGCGCGACAUUAUGGGCCGCGUCGCGUCCCUGGUGUGGCUUCUUUGUCCCCAAAAGCGUAGCAAUCAUCCAGAUGCUCCCCCUCGCCGCAGCAAUGUGUAUCCAAGUGAUCCUCCAAAACCUAGGACUCGCACACUCCUCCGUCAUGUUCCACCAACUGGCCCGGCUACUCCUCACCCCGGUAACCGCUUUACUCAACUAUUUGCUCUACGGGGCUAGAAUCCCCCGAGCAGCCAUCCUCCCACUCAUGCUCCUCUGCGCCGGCGUAGGAAUGGUCUCAUACUACGAUUCCCUCCCCACAACCGACGGCAAAGUCACCACUUCGCUCUCGGGCAUCAUGUUCGCAUUCUCCGGCGUGGGUGCAAGCGCAAUCUACACCGUGUGGAUCGGACACUACCACAAGAAACUAGAAAUGAGCAGCAUGCAACUGCUGCUCAACCAAGCACCCGUCAGCGCGGGAUUGCUCCUCUGCACAAUCCCCUGGAUCGAGACCCCGCCGACGGUCUCGUUUGUGCCGGCGUCAACAUGGGCUCUUAUCUUGAUGAGCGGCAUUUUUGCUUGUCUGGUCAAUCUCUCCGGUUUCUACAUUAUCGAUGCUGCAGGACCGGUAAGCAGUACCGUCAUCGGGCAAUUGAAGACUUGCAUUAUUGUGGGCCUGGGAUGGGCUUCCAGCCGCCAUAUCAUCAUGGGUCAGAGUGUUUUGGGAAUCUUUAUGGCGUUGGUCGGCAUGAGCAUGUGA